UCAGGGAAGCAGGUACACAAGUGGCUGUUUGGUAAAAGCCCUACUGCAUUGGGAAAGCUCCGGGUGUCUGAGUCCUCUCAGCCGUGGGAAAUAUGUCAAGCAAACAAGGAGAGCACUUAAAGUCGGUAGGACUAUGGUAUGUCGCGAGUUAUACCACGUAACAUGCACUGAAAUACACAGCAAAGAGGAAAAUGGUCCUACGGAAUGAUCGGUGCGACGGUGAAGACCUGUGAAAAUAUCAUGGCCAAUUUUGUCAUCUUUAUCGCGGGCGCGGAAAAUUAAGCUGCGUUCCGAAAAACAGCGCAACUUCUGAAAACAUCGCUCAAAAUAGUUUAUGCGCUGCUGCAGCGCACACACAAGGCUUCGGUCAUGCAUCAGCACGGAAUUAGCAGUCGGGCGUAAACUUGCUGUUUACUUGUACUUCCCCUUUCAGUGAAUUCGUACAGAUCCUUCCGCAAAGACUUCAUGUAUCGUCGCUUUGGUUUGCUAGGAAAAAAACUUGCGCAAGUCAUUGGCUCUGCUGUUUAGUUUGAUAUCAUUUUCCUGUACGGCAUCGGCUGGAUGGUAAUCCGCGGUGUGACGGACGGCUACGGUUUCUUACCUGCACGGGAUGAACGGACUGGAGUGCAGUGCCAGAUGGCGUAACGGCAAGCAAUUUCUUGUGAGCGUUACCUGUUCCCUUCGGUAAACGGACUCGUUUCUGAGUAGUCGCUAGGGAAGCACUAAAACGAUGAAGUUUAGCGGCUAUUUGAAGUUGCGCAUCGGCGAGGCAGUGGACUUAAAACCCACGAGCACGUCCAUGCGUCAUGCCGUGAUGUUCAACAAGGCGAGCCAGAACCUUGACCCUUACAUCGUAGUGAAAGUGGACGAGUACAAGAUCGGACAGACGCACACCAAACAGAAAACGAACAUGCCAACGUACAACGAGGAAUUCUCCGUAAACGUGAACGAUGGCAAGCACGUAGAGCUGGCCGUGUUUCACGACGCUCCGAUCGGUUACGACGAUUUCGUGGCGAACUGCACCAUUCAGUUCGACUACUUGAUGAAGAACAUAAAUCUAGAAGAGACGUUUGAAGGAUGGGUUGACCUGGAGCCAGAAGGCAAAGUGUACAUCCACAUCAAUCUUAAGGGAUCUUUUAUUGAUGAUGAUGUGGUGGGCAGCGUCCCAGAGUAUAAGCAGCUGACCCGGAAACGUCAGCAGGCCGUCCGGAGGAGGGUGCACCAGGUCAACGGGCACAAGUUCAUGUCGACCUUCCUGAAGCAACCCACCUUCUGUUUCCACUGCAAAGAGUUCAUAUGGGGUGUGUUUGGGAAGCAAGGAUACCAGUGCCAGGUCUGUGCCUGCGUUGUUCAUAAACGGUGCCAUCAGCUCGUUGUUACCACGUGUCCUCGAAUGAAGAAACCAGCAAAGGAACAGACAACAAAUCAGGGUUUCAGUAUAAAUGUUCCCCAUAUGUUCAGCAUCCACAACUAUAAGGUUCCUACUUUUUGUGACCAUUGUGGCUCUUUACUAUGGGGGAUUGUUAAACAAGGCCUGCACUGCAAGAUUUGUAAAAUGAAUGUUCAUAUACGCUGUAAGGGGAAUGUAGCACCAAGCUGCGGUGUCAACAGCGUAGAACUGGCCAACAAGCUAGCAGAAAUGGGUCUCCAACCCGGAGGCAUGUCAAAACGCAACUCCCUGGGCUUGGCGGCGCUGGAAGCCCAGUCCCCCAGCGAGAGUGUGCAGAGCAAGAGUGCUGAGAACGACGAUGACCAGCAUCUGGGCAUAACGCACUUCACCUUCCUGCAGGUCCUGGGAAAAGGCAGCUUUGGAAAGGUGAUGCUGGCCCGGCUCAACAACUCCGACCAUGUGUUUGCAAUAAAAGUUCUGAAGAAGGACAUUAUUCUGCAGGAUGAUGAUGUGGAGUGCACGAUGACAGAGAAGCGUGUGCUGACCCUCGCCCGCACACACCCAUACCUCACACAGCUCUACUGCAGCUUUCAAACCACAGAGCGUUUGUUUUUUGUGAUGGAGUUUGUAAAUGGUGGAGAUCUAAUGUUCCAUAUUCAGAAGUCCAGGAAGUUUGAGGAGAACAGAGCCAGGUUCUACACGGCUGAAAUAACGUCUGCACUCAUCUUCCUGCACUGCAAGGGCAUUGUAUACAGGGACCUGAAACUGGAUAAUGUGCUGCUGGAUAAGGACGGUCAUUGUAAGCUAGCAGACUUUGGCAUGUGUAAAGAGGGCAUAUUUGAGGGCAAUGCUACCGGAACCUUCUGUGGAACGCCUGAUUACAUCGCCCCAGAGAUCUUGCAGGAGAUGUUGUAUGGGCCGUCAGUUGAUUGGUGGGCUCUGGGCGUGCUCCUUUACGAAAUGCUCUCAGGCCAUGCCCCCUUUGAAGCGGAGAACGAGGAUGACCUGUUCGAGUGCAUCCUGAAUGAAGACAUUGUUUACGCCUCCUGGCUCAGUGCCUGCUCGGUGGACAUCCUCAAAGCGUUCCUGAUGAAGAACCCAUCUCGCCGCCUGGGUUGCGUGGUAGUGGAGGGUGGAGAAAACGCAAUCAUUAGCCACGCCUUCUUCAGUGGCAUUGACUGGGACAAGCUGAACCGCCGAGAGCUGGAGCCGCCGUUCAAACCCCGAAUUAAAACCGCAGAAGACGUCAAUAACUUCGACCCCGACUUCACACAGGAGGAAGCCGUUCUCACGCCCAUUGAGGACUCCAUAAUCCCCGCCAUCAACCAGGACGAGUUCUGCAACUUCUCUUUCACAUCUUCGGAGCUGCUCCAGUAUUGCCCAUCCUAGAGACGAUACACCAGGGGGUGCCGUAAGGAGAGCUGGAAACACGAGGGGUGCCGCUGAUGUCACAGGAGGAGUAUGAGCGGUGCGGCACUGGAAGCUUUGGAAUUGUCCACUAGCGUUGAGCUAAAGCUGUUGUUACCCGUCUCAUGUAACCCUCUCUGUGUGACUUUUUAGGUGGGAGAAGAUAUGGUGGAAUAACCAAGAGAUUUAAAUUAGGAUGGAUUCAGAUUUGUCAGUAAAAAAUGUAAAAAAACAAAAACAAAACUUCAUUAGAUCCAGAUAGAUCUAUUCCCAAAUUCAAGUCCCCUUAUCUGAAGUGUGUUUCAUCUGUGUUUUGUUUUUAAUGCAAAUUCUCUAUGGCAGUUUUUUUUUGCAACUGUUUUAAUCACCUUGAGGUUUGCCUUUAAACUUUAUUUAUAAUUUAUUAUGCUUAAUCCUUUUUUAAAUACCUUGAGUGUUAAUGAAGUGUGGUGUAGACCAAGUUUCUAAGUGACUCCAUUGCAUGGAUGAAUGCAAAGCUGUCAUGGCACAACCUCCAAUAAUCACAGAGAUGGAACAGCGAGACACUUUCUGCUUUCUGCCUUGAGAUGUUGUGCAUACGGUCACUGCAUUUAACUCUGCACUCUGUCUUUACUGAAUCCAGACAUAAUUCAACGCCACAGUCUGACUGUACUGAAUCCAGACAUAAUUCACCACACACUCUGACUGUACUGAAUCCAGACAUAAUUCAACCCCCACAAUCUGACUGUACUGAAUCCUGGCAGAACUCAGCAACUCGUGGAACUGUAGGCACUCGGAUUCAUUGAGGACCCAUGCUCCAGAAGUAAUGAUGACACUUAGAACUACUUUUGAAUCCUUUCCAAGGUUGUCAGACUACUCAGUGCAGCGUAUGCCAGUGUUAUGAAAUGCUAGCAGCCUCUGUUAUUAGCUUUCAGGGGUCACUGAAUUAUGCAACACCUCACCACUAAAGUGCAUGUGUACUGUGUCAAGCACCCGCACUGCCAUGAGGGUUCACUGGGGGAAUCUGGGGUCGGGUGGGGGGAAACAGGGAUGACAAUUCACUCUUCUCUGGUUCUUUCACAUGUUUGAGCAACAGAGCAGGUUAAAGGUGGAGUGUUUCACCCUAUUGCGCACGUUUGUGGUUUUAGCAUUUGUACAUUUGUUGUUGAAAUAUGCCCCUCCCCCUCAACACUUAAAAGGCUUUAAAAAGCCUUUAAAGUCAGUUUAAGCAUCAAGUCUCACCCUGCCGAAAAUUUCCAUUCGCUCACACAUGUACUCCUGAAUAAAAGUUAUGAUGUGGUGUUUGA